UAAAAACCUUAAUGCGGCAAGAGAACCUCACUCGAUCUUUAAGUUUCAAACGCAUCACAAUCUAAACGAAUUAAUAUGGCUUUAGUAAAAAUUGUCUUGGUGUUAUCCUUUGUGGCCUUGGCAAGGGCAGAACAGAAUUUGGUAGCCCAUAUAGAGCAUAGAAAUAGCACCAAUAGUUCAAUGCGCAAUGAUGACUACAUCGAUGCCCAAAGACGUCAACAUGCCUUCAAUAUUUGGUAUUAUGAUGUGCAAAUUAACUUCUUCAAGGACGCCUACUUGGAUCGAGUCAAUGCCAUGGAAUAUCAAAAGGAUUCGCUAUUGGACAAAGUUAAGACAGCCAAUGAACAGCUAUACCCCUUAACACUGUUAAGCGAUUUCAGCAAAGUUUGUGUGAAAAAAUAUCAAGCCAUAAUGCCAUCUAGGGAAUGGGUUAAAUAUCAAAUGGAUAUCUGCAUAUCGGAAGCAAGCAUGGAGGUGGACUGGUUGGCUUCGUACAUGGCAUCGACCAAUAACACUUUACAGACUUAUUAUAGAACAACUUUUGAAAAGGAAGUUACAGCUUGUCAAACUAAAUACAAUUCCUCUAUGUCCGCAAAUCAAACCUUGUGCCUAGCUGAUGUGGUUUCCACUACCAAUACCUUUACUUAUAACAAUCAAAAGACAUUCUCGACUCAAUUGGAGUCGGCCAAAAACUCAGCUGAUAUGGAUAUUAAAACCCUGCAUGAAUGCAGUUUUGCAAUUCAAAAUACCACUCUAAGCAAAAUUGCGGAAGCCAAAACACGCAUUGACAGAUGCAUUCAUGGUGCAGAUGAUUGUCCCUCCUGUCAUGGUCACUUCUGUAACGCUGUCUCUUACAUGUCCUCAUCGUCCAUCGAUACCAAAAAUGCAACCAUGUAUAAUCCAUUUUAUGGACGUCAAGAAAUUGGUGAUUGUUUGAUGUUGAGUAUAUUUUAA